ACGUCCAUCACCAUGCAAAUUUUCGUCAAGACCCUCACCGGCAAGACUAUCACCCUCGAGGUGGAGUCCAGCGACACUAUUGACAACGUCAAGACCAAGAUCCAGGACAAGGAGGGCAUUCCCCCAGACCAGCAGCGCCUGAUCUUCGCAGGAAAACAACUCGAGGACGGCCGCACCCUCUCCGACUACAACAUCCAGAAGGAGAGCACCCUUCACCUCGUCCUUCGUCUCCGUGGUGAAACAACAACUAACACCAUUUCCCAACCAGUCGUGAAAACUCUGACCGGCAAGACCAUCACGCUUGAGGUCGAAUCCAGCGACACCAUCGACAACGUCAAGACCAAGAUCCAGGACAAGGAGGGCAUCCCACCAGACCAGCAGCGCCUGAUCUUUGCAGGAAAACAGCUCGAGGACGGCCGGACCCUCUCGGACUACAACAUCCAAAAGGAAUCAACUCUCCACCUUGUCCUGCGUCUGCGUGGAGGCAUGCAGAUCUUCGUCAAGACGCUGACGGGCAAAACCAUCACGCUCGAGGUCGAAUCCAGCGACACGAUAGACAACGUCAAGACAAAGAUCCAGGACAAGGAAGGUAUUCCGCCAGACCAGCAGCGUCUCAUCUUUGCGGGGAAACAGCUCGAGGACGGCCGGACGCUAUGGAUGGGUGUUCGAACGUUGCUGGGUAAUGACCUUUUCUUUUUAACUUCUUGGGAUGAGAUGCGUUUUUUUUUCACCACUUUUAACUACACCGGUUUCUUUUUAAUGGCGUUGGGGGAACGGAUGAUGAUGCUUUUACCUAAACUCUCUUGCUCGACUGAUUCUGGGACUGGCACAUUUGUUCUUGUAGAACUUGCUCUGGAGGAAGAUGGCUAUGAAGGAUGGCUAUCAGUCCUUCAAAUCUCAAAUACAUCUUCAGAACAUUCAAACCAUUCAACCCUUCCUCCCAUCUAUAUCACUCUAUUCAACUCUCUCACCCUCAAAAUCAACAUCCAACAUCCUAACGAUCUCCCUGCUCCUUGCCCUUCUGGGGUCCUUUGCAGCCUAGAUAUGCAGUCAUUUGGCCGGAAUGAAUAUACCCUGUCUCAAUCUAGGCAGCAACACCCCCCUUGGCUGGCCCUUCUCGUUCAAUUGGCCGAUACACCUCCAUCUCAGGUCUAUAAAGAGGCAGUGAAUUCCCAUCUUCCUUCCUUCUCUUUCUCUCUCUCUUCUCUAUCUCAAGACAUCUCGAAGAACCAAGAAUCUGAAAUCAUAUAUAUUGUCCUGAAAGCUCACAUCGAAGCAAAACUUUGCGUAAGGAACCCGUUCCAAAAGAUGAUGUGA